AUGUAUCGGAAAUUUGACGCAAAUUCACCUUCGAUAAUGCAAAGUUUGGACAGUAUGAACGUGCUGGAAUCAUCAAAAGUUUCUGAUCAUCAUCAUCAUAAUACUAACAUGAAUUCAGACAUUAAUAAUUCAGGAAACGUUAUGUUAGAAAAAGAAUUUGAAUCCUUAAAUUUAUCUACCAGAGAUAAUACAAAUAAAAGUUUUCAAAUUUUAAAUAACAAAGAAGAACUUGAGAUAGAAACAGCUGAACAGUUUGUACUCAGACUUGGAAUUACUGACCCAUUUGUUAAGGUUAAAGUGGUUUCAAUCUUUGGUAAUACUGGUGAUGGAAAAUCCUACACUCUAAAUCAAACAUUUUUCGAUAAAAAUGAGGUAUUUAAAACUUCAUCAUCUCAAACUUCCUGCACCACAGGAAUAUGGGCUGCUUAUGAUCCUGAAUUAAAAAUUAUUUGUAUUGAUACAGAAGGUUUAUUAAAUUCAACAAAUCAAGAACUUCAAACUACCAGAUUGUUGCUUAAGGUGUUGGCUAUAUCAGAUGUUGUUAUAUAUAAAACAAGAACUGAACGCUUGCCUAGAGACAUGUUCACCUUUCUGGGUUCUGCUUCUAAAGCAUUCACCUACCAUUUUAAAUCUAUAUUAAAAAAUUUUAGUGACAAUUCUAUUUCGACUGUGGGACCUGCAGUUGUAAUCUUUCAUGAAAGUAGGCAUACAAAGCCUCUUCAAUCAAUUACCGAAAGUUCUGAAGAUGUUUUAAGAAAUCGAUUCUUAGAAUUAAAUUUGGAUAUAAAAGCAUUCAGUUCAUUGCAUUAUAUUGGAUUGCAGGCUUCAGCAUUGUGUGAUUUUUCCGAGUUAAAAUCUGUUGUAAAAAGCGAAUUAGAUAGUAAUACCAUUAGGUCUCCUAGAUGUCCAGCAACAGUUUUUGAAGUAUUAAAAGUAUUAAACAAAAAGUUUUCUGGAGAAAUAGGUGAUGGAAAACCAAUUUUAUUUCCAGAUCAAUAUUUUACUUGUCCAGAUUGUUGUCUGUCGUGUAAUAAGCGUUGUGAAUUAUCUGUUGGCCAUUUGAAAGAAAAUGUUCCUCAUAAGAAUUCUUUAAACUGCAAUCAUGUUUCUUGUUUUCACUUGAUAUUUAAAAACAAUGGUUCUCCAAUUUCUAAAGAUCCCUUUAGUCAUUGCCACGGAUGUAAGAAAAGUUUUUCGGCUACGUCAACCAAACAUCAUUGUCGGAAUUGCGGUGAAGGAUUCUGCGAAAAUUGUUCAUCUCAUUAUAUGCCCGUGCCCAAAUACGGUUGGAACGAACCCGUUCGAGUUUGUACCAAUUGCUAUAAUACAAAUAAAAAUAUUAAAAUUUCACAGUCUUCUGGUGAUGCCGCAGUAAACGACAUUCGUGCUAGAAAAUACGGGGAAGCAGUAAUUAAUACAUUGUCUUCUGUUGCCAACGUUUUCGAAUAUCCAAAAGAACUGAUUAAGGAUAAAGUAAGGCCGUCCUAUUGGAUACCAGACGAUGAAAUAACAAAUUGUUGCGUGUGCAAAGCUCAAUUCGACGUGAAUUUAAGUCUUCAUCAUUGUAGAAAUUGCGGUCGUGGAGUUUGUUCAAAAUGUUCUGGAAAUAAAAAACCUGUACCUAAAAGAAAUUGGGAAAGUCCCGUUAGAGUCUGUGACGAAUGCUACGUAUAUAAAAUAUAUAAAGUAUUCGAAAAUAUCAAAAUUUCUGUUUUUUUUUUUUUGAGUUAA